CUCUUGCAGGGUGACUAUGUCUGGAUGGACCUUAAAACAGGGCAGGAGUUUGAUGUUCCCAUUGGAGCAGUGGUGAAGCUCUGUGAUUCCGGGCAAAUACAGGUGGUGGAUGAUGAAGGCAAUGAGCACUGGAUUUCUCCGCAGAAUGCCACCAACAUCAAACCCAUGCAUCCCACUUCUGUCCAUGGAGUGGAGGAUAUGAUUCGCCUGGGGGACCUGAAUGAGGCUGGCAUCCUGAGAAACCUGCUUAUCCGCUACCGGGACCAUGUCAUUUAUACAUAUACUGGAUCCAUCUUGGUGGCUGUGAACCCCUACCAGCUCCUCCCCAUCUAUUCACCAGAGCAGAUACGCCAGUACACCAACAAAAAGAUUGGAGAGAUGCCACCACAUAUCUUCGCCAUUGCUGAUAAUUGUUACUUCAACAUGAAACGAAACAGCCGAGAUCAGUGCUGCAUUAUCAGUGGUGAGUCUGGGGCUGGGAAGACAGAGAGCACCAAGCUGAUCCUUCAGUUCCUGGCAGCCAUCAGUGGGCAGCAUUCCUGGAUUGAGCAGCAAGUGCUAGAAGCCAAUCCCAUCCUGGAAGCUUUUGGAAAUGCAAAGACUAUCCGCAAUGAUAACUCCAGCCGAUUUGGGAAAUACAUUGACAUCCACUUUAACAAGAGAGGAGCCAUCGAGGGGGCCAAGAUCGAGCAGUAUCUUUUGGAGAAGUCUCGUGUCUGCAGACAGGCUCCAGAUGAGCGGAACUACCAUGUUUUCUACUGCAUGCUUGAAGGUAUGACUGCAGACCAGAAGAAGAAAUUGAGCCUGGGUGAAGCCACUGACUAUAACUACUUGGCCAUGGGCAACUGCACCACCUGUGAUGGCCGAGAUGACAGCAAAGAAUAUGCUAACAUCCGCUCUGCCAUGAAAGUGCUAAUGUUCACUGACACAGAGAAUUGGGAAAUCUCUAAACUCCUGGCUUCUAUUUUGCACAUGGGCAAUCUCAAGUAUGAAGCCAGAACAUUUGAAAAUUUGGAUGCCUGUGAGGUUCUCUUCUCUCCUUCCUUAGCCACAACUGCAUCUCUGCUUGAGGUUCAUCCUCCAGAUCUGAUGAAUUGCCUUACUAGUCGGACCAUCAUCACGAGAGGGGAAACUGUCUCCACCCCACUCAGCAAGGAGCAAGCUCUAGAUGUAAGAGAUGCUUUUGUCAAGGGAAUUUAUGGGAGGCUCUUUGUGUGGAUUGUAGACAAGAUCAAUGCUGCAAUUUACAGACCUCCAACUCAAGGCGUGAAAAACACACGAAGAUCGAUUGGUCUUUUGGACAUCUUUGGCUUUGAAAACUUUACUGUGAACAGUUUUGAGCAGCUCUGUAUCAACUUUGCCAAUGAGAACCUGCAACAGUUUUUUGUGCGGCAUGUCUUCAAACUGGAGCAGGAAGAAUACAACCUAGAGAACAUUGACUGGCUCCAUAUCGAGUUCACUGACAACCAGGAAGCCCUGGACAUGAUUGCCAAUAAGCCCAUGAACAUCAUCUCCCUUAUUGAUGAAGAGAGCAAAUUCCCUAAGGGAACGGAUACAACCAUGUUGCAUAAACUCAACUCUCAGCACAAGCUCAACAACAACUACAUCCCACCAAAGAACAACCAUGAGACACAGUUUGGAAUCAAUCAUUUUGCUGGAAUUGUCUACUAUGAGACACAAGGCUUCCUGGAGAAAAACCGGGACACUCUCCAUGGUGACAUAAUACAGCUGGUCCAUUCCUCAAGGAACAAGUUUGUCAAGCAGAUCUUCCAGGCCGACGUUGCCAUGGGAGCAGAGACCAGGAAGCGCUCCCCUACUCUCAGCAGUCAGUUCAAACGCUCCCUGGAGCUGCUGAUGCGAACCCUCAGCGUCUGCCAGCCCUUCUUCGUUCGCUGCAUCAAGCCCAAUGAGUUCAAGAAGCCCAUGCUCUUUGACCGGCACCUUUGUGUGCGUCAGCUGAGAUAUUCUGGGAUGAUGGAAACCAUAAGGAUCCGCCGGGCUGGCUACCCUAUCCGAUACACCUUUGUGGAGUUUGUGGAGCGCUACCGUGUGCUUAUGCCUGGGGUGAAGCCAGCUUACAAGCAGGAAGAUCUUCGGGGCACUUGCCAACGCAUUGCUGAGGUUGUGCUAGGGAGACAUGAUGAUUGGCAGAUUGGCAAAACUAAGAUCUUUCUGAAGGAUCAUCAUGACAUGAUGCUUGAGAUUGAGAGGGACAAGGCUAUCACCGACCGAGUAAUCCUCCUUCAAAAAGUCAUCCGAGGAUUUAAAGACAGGUCCAACUACCUGAGGCUGAAGAAUGCUGCAACGCUCAUUCAGAGGCACUGGCGGGGCCACAAGUGUAGGAGGAACUAUGGGGCGAUGAGGAUUGGUUUCCUGCGGCUCCAGGCCUUGUACCGGUCCAGGAAGCUCCACAAGCAGUACCGAUUGGCCCGAAGGCAGAUCAUCGACUUCCAGGCCAGGUGUCGGGGCUAUCUGGUACGCAGAGCCUUCCGGCACCGGCUCUGGGCGGUCCUGACGGUCCAGGCCUAUGCCAGGGGCAUGAUAGCCCGGAGACUCCAUAGGCGCCUGAAGGCAGAGUAUCUUCGCCGUUUGGAAGCUGAGAAACUGCGACUGGCAGAGGAGGAGAAACUGAAAAAGGAGAUGAGUGCGAAGAAAGCAAAGGAAGAAGCAGAGAAGAAACAUCAGGUGCGCCUGGCACAGCUGGCCCGCGAAGAUGCUGAGAGGGAAGUAAAGGAGAAAGAAGAGGCCCGGAGGAAAAAGGAGCUUCUGGAUAAGAUGGAGAGAGCCCGCAAUGAGCCUGUCAAUGAUUCUGAUAUGGUAGACAAAAUGUUUGGCUUCCUGGGGACAACAUCAUCACUGCCAGGCCAGGAGGGUCAGGCACCUACUGGUUUCGAGGACUUAGAACGAUCCAAGAAGUUGAUGGUGGAAGAUGAUCUGGAUUCAGCCCUGCCCCUCCCCGAUGAGGAAGAGGAGGACCUCUCAGAGUACAAGUUUGCCAAGUUUGCAGCCACCUACUUUCAGGGCACAACCACCCAUACCUACACCCGGAGGCCCCUCAAGCAGCCUUUGCUCUAUCAUGAUGAUGAAGGAGACCAGCUGGCAGCACUGGCAGUGUGGAUCACCAUCCUUCGGUUUAUGGGCGACCUCCCUGAGCCCAAGUACCAUACUGCAAUGAGUGAUGGCAGUGAGAAGAUCCCCGUGAUGACCAAGAUCUAUGAGACCCUUGGGAAGAAGACUUACAAGAGGGAGCUGCAGGCCCUUCAGGGCGAGGGUGAGGGCGGACAUUCAGAUGGCCUCAAGAAGAGCAGUGUGAGACAUAAAUUGGUCCAUCUGACGCUGAAGAAAAAAUCAAAGUUGACUGAAGAGGUAACCAAGAGACUGCAUGAUGGGGAGUCCACAGUCCAGGGCAACAGUAUGUUGGAGGACCGGCCCACCUCUAACUUGGAGAAGCUUCACUUCAUCAUUGGAAAUGGCAUCCUAAGGCCCGCCCUGAGAGAUGAAAUAUAUUGUCAGAUCUGCAAACAGCUCACCCAUAACCCUUCCAAGAGCAGCUAUGCCCGAGGCUGGAUCCUGGUAUCCCUGUGUGUGGGGUGUUUCGCACCUUCUGAAAAGUUUGUUAAGUACUUGAGGAACUAUAUGAAUGGGGGCCCACCUGGCUAUGCCCCCUACUGUGAAGAGAGACUGAGGAGGACCUUUGUGAAUGGGACGAGGACCCAGCCCCCUAGCUGGCUGGAACUCCAGGCUACAAAAUCCAAGAAGCCCAUCAUGUUGCCUGUAACGUUUAUGGAUGGGACCACCAAGACCCUCUUGGCUGACUCGGCGACAACAGCCCGAGAGCUCUGUAACUCUCUUGCAGACAAGAUAACGCUUAGAGACCGUUUUGGGUUUUCUCUCUACAUUGCCCUGUUUGAUAAGGUGUCAUCUUUGGGCAGUGGAAAUGAUCAUGUCAUGGAUGCCAUCUCCCAAUGUGAACAGUAUGCCAAGGAGCAGGGAGCCCAGGAGCGCAAUGCUCCAUGGCGGCUUUUCUUCCGCAAAGAGAUAUUUACACCCUGGCACAACCCUCGUGAUGACAGUGUGGCCACCAAUCUCAUUUACCAACAAGUUGUACGGGGAGUGAAGUUUGGGGAAUACCGAUGUGAGAAGGAAGAUGACCUGGCGGAACUGGCUUCCCAGCAGUACUUUAUUGACUACGGAUCAGAGAUGAUCUUGGAACGACUCUUGAAUCUAGUCCCCACCUAUAUCCCAGACAGGGAGAUCACACCACUAAAAACCCUGGAGAAGUGGGCCCAACUUGCCAUUGCUGCUCAUAAAAAGGGAAUUUAUGCCCAUAGAAGAACAGAUCCUCAGAAAGUCAAAGAAGAUGUAGUGAACUUUGCACGUUUCAAGUGGCCUUUGCUUUUCUCUAGAUUCUAUGAAGCCUUUAAGUUCUCAGGGCCCAGCCUGCCUAAGAAUGAUGUCAUUGUUGCUGUCAACUGGACAGGUGUCUAUUUCGUAGAUGAGCAGGAGCAAGUGCUGCUGGAGCUUUCCUAUCCUGAAAUCAUGGCUGUGUCCAGCAGCAGUGGGGGAAAGAUGCAGGCUCAGAGCUUCACACUAGCCACCAUCAAGGGGGAUGAGUAUACAUUCACCUCCAGUAAUGCUGAGGACAUCCGAGACCUGGUGGUUACCUUCCUGGAGGGACUUCGAAAGAGGUCCAAAUUUGUGGUUGCCCUCCAAGACAACCCCAACCCUGUGGGUGAAGAGUCUGGCUUCCUUAGCUUCUUGAAAGGGGAUCUCAUCAUCCUGGACCAUGACACUGGUGAGCAUGUCAUGAAUUCUGGCUGGGCCAAUGGAGUGAAUGAGAGAACCAAGAUACGAGGAGACUUUCCUACUGACUGUGUGUAUGUAAUGCCCACGGCUACAGCACCUUCUCGAGAAAUUGUGGCCUUAAUCACGAUGACCCCAGACCAGAGACAAGACAUCAUCCGCCUUUCUCAGCUGCAUAUGACAGAGCCUGAAGUCCGAGUGAAACCCUACACACUGGAGGAAUUCUCUUAUGAUUAUUUCAGGCCCCCACCUAAGCAUACUCUAAGUCGGGUCAUGAUCUCCAAGGCCCGGGGCAAGGACAAACUAUGGAGUCAUACGAGGGAGCCCCUGAAGCAGGCCCUGCUGAAGAAGAUUCUGGGCAAUGAGGAGCUGUCCCAGGAGGCCUGCAUGGCCUUCAUUGCCAUGCUCAAGUACAUGGGUGACUACCCCUCCAAGAGGACCCGCUCUGUCAAUGAGCUCACAGACCAGAUCUUUGAAGGAGCAUUGAAGGCUGAACCUCUGAAGGACGAGAUCUACGUACAGAUACUUAAGCAGCUCACCGACAACCACAUCAGGUACAGUGAGGAGCGAGGCUGGGAGUUACUCUGGCUAUGCACAGGCCUCUUCCCACCAAGCAACAUCCUGCUUCCCCAUGUGCAAAGGUUCCUUCAAUCCCGGAAGCAUUGCCAGCUGUCCACGGACUGCAUGCAGAGGCUCCAGAAGGCUCUCAGGAAUGGCUCUAGGAAAUAUCCUCCCCAUUUGGUGGAAGUGGAGGCCAUUCAGCACAAAACCACUCAGAUUUUCCACAAAGUCUACUUUCCUGAUGACACUGAUGAGGCCUUCGAGGUGGAAUCCAGCACCAAGGCCAAAGACUUCUGUCAGAGCAUCUCCACUAGGCUGCUUCUGAAGGCAUCAGAUGGAUUCAGCCUCUUCGUUAAAAUUUCUGACAAGGUCAUCAGUGUCCCUGAGGGUGAUUUCUUCUUUGACUUCGUCCGACACUUGACAGACUGGAUUAAAAAAGCAAGACCCAUGAAAGAUGGAAUUGUGCCUUCUCUUACCUACCAAGUGUUCUUCAUGAAGAAGCUCUGGACCAAUACAAUUCCUGGGAAGGAUCCAAUGGCAGACUCUAUUUUCCACUAUUAUCAGGAAUUGCCCAAGUACCUUCGUGGUUACCAUAAAUCCACCCGGGAAGAAGUCCUUCAGCUGGGAGCCCUGAUCUACAGGGUCAAGUUUGAAGAUGACAAAUCCUAUUUCCCAAGCAUUCCCAAGAUGCUGCGUGAGCUGGUGCCACAGGACCUUAUUCGGCAGAUCUCGCCAGAUGACUGGAAAAGGUCCAUUGUGGCCUAUUUCAACAAGCAUGCAGGAAAGAGCAAAGAAGAAGCAAAGCUGGCCUUUCUGAAGCUAAUAUUUAAGUGGCCAACGUUUGGGUCAGCUUUCUUUGAAGUGAAGCAAACAACUGAGCCAAACUUCCCUGAGAUUCUCCUAAUCGCUAUCAACAAAUAUGGAGUCAGCCUCAUUGAUCCCCGCACCAAGGAUAUUCUCACCACUCACCCCUUCACCAAGAUCUCCAAUUGGAGCAGUGGGAACACUUACUUCCACAUUACUAUUGGGAACCUGGUACGAGGAAGCAAGCUACUUUGUGAAACUUCCCUGGGCUACAAAAUGGAUGACCUUCUAACCUCCUACAUCAGCCAGAUGCUCACCACCAUGAGCAGACAGAGGGGCAGCAGGGCUGGCAGAUGAAUGGAGACACACCACGGGCACUUGGUUCUGGCCCUGAUGAGCCACCAGCUGAGGCCCGUGGGCUACCUCUGUAGCUGGGGAAGGACUUUUGUUCUACAGGCAGAGACUAUGGGGGAAGGUUCAAUGGAUCAGGUCCCAGUCCCUGAUGGGGACAACCUAGACUCAGACUUGGAUUCUGCCUCCAGUGAAGAUGAUUAUUUGUGACUAGGCUCAGAGCCACUCUUGCCUUAUAGGGGACACCCUCCACUCUUGACAUUUGAACAACACUGGAUUCUAGUAUUAGCUUGACCUCUGACUUGCUGUGUGACUGGGAAAAUUAUACUCCUCCUGAGCCAGAGUUUCUUCUGUAAAAUGAGGUCAGGUUUGGAGGUCUCUUGAUGCACCCUCCAGAUCUGAGAUUUUCUGAUUUUCCACUUCUGGUCCUGUUCUCAACCACUCAGUGAUGCUUAGAGCCACCGAGAAAGCCUCCCACAUGGUGUAAUGUCUUAGAGCUCUCUGCAGCUCAACACUCAGGCAGACACUUGGCCUCUUAUCCAGAAAAUGUACCCAUGAAAUGUUACCCUGAUCUUCUCAGAGGUCCUCCAAUCUCACCCAGAGUCUUCCGCCUUCCUUCCCCCCAAAAAAAUUCUCCAGUAGGUAGCCAUCCCCUAGGUGGCUUAAAAACAUGGUCUCAUCCACUAGUGGAUGGAACUUUUAAUUGGAACUUUUCCUGUUUGCUGAUCCAAAUUGUACAUCUGACACUUUCACUCAUUAUAAAUGAAUAAAGCAUUCAUUCAGUGCUUA